AAAAAAAACAUAGGUUAUAGUUUUUUUCUAAUCAACCAUUUGUUAUUGUUGCGUGUUUGUUUGUCUCUCUCAUCUCGCUCACCUAAAUUCGCAAAAAAUAUUCUGAACAAUAUUGAACAGAAAACCAAGAAACCCACUUUUUAUUUCUUCUCCGAAAGAUCAGAAAUAUAUUUUAUUUUGUCAAAUUUCGUUGAAGAAGCUUUGAAAUUAGGGGAACAAAUUUCAUUUGAUCUGCACGUUUCUGAUUUGAGAAGAAGGAGAAAGGAACAACAAUGAGCUCUGAGCAAAACAACAGCACAAGCUUCCCACCAACUGAGCCAAAACUCUGCGACAACGGAUGCGGUUUCUUCGGGUCACCUUCCAACAUGAACCUCUGUUCCAAAUGCUACAGAAGUCUCCGAGCCGAGGAAGAUCAAACCGCCGUAGCAAAAGCUGCUGUCAAGAACUCACUUAAGCUUCCAUCUUGCAGUCUCAUUAUCACACCAGAGCAAAAACAGCCUCUUGAAACCAAACCAGCCUCUGUUGUUGUAACCGCUGAGCCGUCUUCAGUUCCUAUAGCCACGGGACAGGAGGAGGCAGAGCCGUCGAAACCUGCGCGGACGAACAGGUGUUUCAGCUGUAACAAGAAGGUUGGAGUUAUGGGGUUUAAGUGCAAAUGCGGUAGCACGUUUUGCGGGAGCCAUAGGUACCCGGAGAAGCACGAGUGUAGCUUCGAUUUCAAAGAAGUUGGACGUGAUGCAAUCGCAAAGGCCAAUCCUGUGAUCAAGGCGGAUAAAGUCGAAAGGAUAUGAAAAAUAUCAAACCUUUUCUUUUUAUAAAGUAAUUUGUGGUUUCUAUUUUCAACUUCUUUGGAUGUCGAUGUGAUGUGAUCAUGUUGGAUGUUGGGUUUCUAUGAAUCAUAAUGAAAAUUGCUGCUCUUGGUUUUAUCA